AUCAAAUCUAUCAAUCAAGGGUCUCGCCUCCUCAAGCGCUGGAGCGAGAAGGAGAGACAUGAUGGCGACGAAAGCAAAGAAGUCGGAUCCUACUCCGGCUCAACUGACGGGUCAUGGUCAGGAGGGGUUCGAUGCUGCGGAGUGGGAGCGUAACAACGUUCACGACGUCUACUCCUCCAUCGCUUCACACUUCUCCGCCACGCGCUACAAGCCAUGGCCGCUCGUCUCGUCAUUCCUUGCUAGCCUGCCAGCAGGGUCAAUAGGCGUUGAUGUGGGUUGCGGGAAUGGAAAGUACCUCCAUCUAAGGAACGCGCUUCAUCCUGAGGCCGGUGAAGAGCAACAACGUAAUGACUGCCUCACCAUCGGCCUCGAUCGAUCACGAGAGCUCGUCAGCCUUGCCCAAUCUCAAACUUUGGCGAGAAUGAGCGACCCCUCCUCCUCUUCUUCUAGCAGCAACGGUAGCUCAUCCUCAUCUCUCCCGCCAUCGACGUGGCUCAACGAGGUGACAGUAGCCGACGGUCGUGCGCCUCACUUUCGCGCACACGCAUUCGACUACGCCAUAUCCAUUGCGACGGUACAUCACUUCUCGACACGAGAGAGAAGAAGAGAGGCAGUGAAAGAGAUCGUGAGGUUGGUAAAGCCAAGGCCGCCUUGUGAGGAGGAUGACAUUAAUGAGCAAGACGGUGGUGCUGCUGUUCCUGCUUCCGAAAUGAGCCAGGGGAGGAGACGAAGCGGCAGGGGCAGGGGCAGAUUCCUCAUCUACGUCUGGGCGCUAGAGCAGCGAGGGCAAGAGCGACGCAAGUUCGACGAGCAAGACGCACGGCGGCGCGCCGAGGAACAGGCGGCAGCGACUGAAGGCCAGAAGGCAGAAGGACGAGACGUCAUGGUGCCUUGGAUGCUCAAGAGUGGUGCCCAACUGAAGCUGGACGAUGGACAGGAAGAGCAGCAAGGCGGAGAAGUGUACCAGAGAUACUAUCACCUCUUCGAAGCGACAGAGCUCGAAGCUCUUGUCGAGGAAGCAGUGGCCGACAUGUCUGGCAUCACCGUACGGAGGGAGGACUCAGGGUGGGAGCGUGGCAACUGGUGGGGCGUGUGGCAGGUCGUGGACGCGAUGGCUUCUUCGCAAGCGAGUAAUUGAGCAUGACGAUGGUGCACAUGGUUGCUGAAACGCCAAAUUCUUAGGCCGACGCUGAGUGGUCACAGGUCGAAAGACGGCUAGCUGGACCACACAACGAGUGCAGACCGUCCGCUGGACACCGCGAUCAUCAGGAUACCGAGGCAGGCGUAGAUCGUGCGCCGCCUCUCUGACGGGCGAGCGAUGGUAGGCUGCAUUGUGCCCUCCAUUGUAACGAAACGCAUUUGCUACUGCUGCUUGUGCUGCUGCUGCUAUUGCUGCUCCAUGCGACGCGCCCUACUGCUACAUGCACACACAUUUAUGAUGCUCCAAGCCAAACUCGGCCAGCUCCUCCUUCUUCCUGUCCCUCUCAUUCUCAUGAUCCUUCUCCGAUAUCUCAUUUGGGAACCACAUCUUCAGCAUAUU